CCUGCCGCCGCCGCCGUCGGAGCCGCCAUGCAGCCCCCGCGCGCCCCGUUCCUCCCGCCGCUGCUGCUGCUGCUGCUGUUCGCGGCGCCAGGCGCGGCCGGGUGUCCCGAGCGCUGCGAGCCCGCGCGCUGCGCUCCGCCGCCGGGACACUGCGAGGGCGGCCGCGUCCGCGACGCGUGCGGCUGCUGCGAGGUGUGCGGCGCGCCCGAGGGGGCCGAGUGCGGCCUGCAGGAGGGCCCGUGCGGCGAAGGGCUGCAGUGCGUGGUGCCCUUCGGCGUGCCCGCCUCGGCCACGGUGCGGCGGCGCGCGCAGGCCGGCCUCUGCGUGUGCUCCAGCAGCGAGCCGGUGUGCGGCAGCGACGCCACUACCUACGCCAACCUGUGCCGGCUGCGCGCCGCCAGCCGCCGCUCUGAGAGGCUGCAGCGGCCGCCGGUCAUCGUCCUGCAGCGCGGCGCCUGCGGCCAAGCAUUCCGCCCUUGACUUCCUGGAGGUACCUCUGAGGACAGGAGCCUGGGAGCCAAGACUUCAUUCAGUCGAAGCCCUGCCCACAGCAGGUCACCUGAUGUCAUUGUUAAAUGCUGUGCAUUGGCCGCGUGCUCCAGCCGUGAGACUUGGCCGGAGCACCCUUUUAGCUGGAGUGCCCAUGCGAGGCCUUUUGGAGGGGGCGCUGUCGUUCUGGAUGCCUGGAGUUGGAGCGAGCCGUCCGAGGACGUGGGGAAGGAUCGGCUCCCCGAUUCACGAGAUCACGAAGAGGGUUUGUGUGGAGCGGAGAGCGAGGGCAAGGGAGGUAGGACAGGCUGGCGAGCAGCAUUUGGGAGCCACAGUGGAUCUUUGGAUGGCGGAAUGUGCCACCAUUCGAAAGAAAGCACUUUUAUUUGUAAGCUGUUUCCCAGAGACUUCAGAGAGGGUCUCUAAUCAUGCUUCUGGAAAUGAAGGCAAAUCAUCUAUUUCAGAAAUCAAUGCUGCUGUCAGGGUUUGGAUGGGAAAGUGUCCAGUUAUACCAGAGAUCAAAAGAGCUGUCGUCUUCCACCAGGGGCAGUUUGGAUUAGCUUAAAGCAAAAACUCUAUACUGGUCAGGGGAUUACGAAAAAGAAAGGAAUUGCAAUUACUAAUAGUCUGAUAAUAAGGGCUAACAUAUACUUCGUGCUUAUUCUGUGCCAGGCCUGUGUUAACCCGUUUGAUCCUCCUAGCAGCCUUAUAAGGGGCGUGCUGUAAUCCUCCCCGGGUUACAGCUGGGAGACAGAGUCACAGAGCAGUACCUUGCCUGGGACUUGAACCCGUGCAUCUGGUCCACAGCCCAUUCAUAAGCACUCUGUGCUGUUGACAGAGAAACCGAGAUUAUAAGCCAACCCCAGCUAAGCCGAAGCUAAUAGCUGGAAUAAACAGAGCUCCAGAUGGCCAUGGCCUUGAGAUGAACAGAAACAAAGGACACGUCACAGUUCUCGCUCCGCAGGCACAGGAGUCUGAGGACACGUUGCCCCCAGUUGCUAUCAAGGCAGCCCUUGCUGAAAAAAAAAGCAAAAAAGCAGAAGCGGCUGUAGCAGAGAUGCGUCCAAACCAGAGCCCCGGGCCCCAAACUGCUCUUGGGCAGAGAAAGGCUCCUCCGGAUUUCCAGACACUGCAAAGAACUAGCCAGUAUGUGUAGCAGAUUUCUGCCAGAAAAAAGGACAGGAAGCCAGAAAAGAGGCCUGAAAAAGACUCCUCAAGCAUAAGAAGCCUAGUCCUUUUCUCCUCCUAGUACCCUCUCCAGGAAAGCUACCCGCGCCGCCGCCCCCCCCCCCCACCUCGCCAAAAAAAAACCCAGCAGCCCCGAGCCCAGAGGUCUCCAAGCCCAGGAACUCCGCGUCCUGGUCUCACCCCAGGCCUGACAAGGGAGGGCUUCUGAAGGGGCAGGCCGGCCACGCAUUCCUGGUGAAGAACCACCACUGGCUUAGAUG